AUGGGGGGAAGCCUCACGAAAAUCUGGACACGGCUGAUGGGGCUCAAGGAGCGCAAGAUCGUCAUGGUGGGCUUGGAUGCUGCGGGGAAGACCACGGUGCUGUACCGCUUGAAGCUCAAUGAGCUGGUCAUGACCAUUCCCACCAUAGGCUUCAAUGUGGAGACAGUCGAGUACAGAAACCUCCGCUUGACGGUUUGGGACAUCGGAGGUCAGGACAUCAUCCGCCCGUUGUGGAGACAUUACUUCCUGGGAACUCAUGCGAUGAUCUUCGUGGUGGACAGUUCAGAUCAUCGCCGGAUACAGGAAGCACGAGAGGAGCUGUGGACGAUGUUGAAAGAGCCCGAAUUCUCUGCGGAGGCGCCCGUCUUGGUGCUGGCCAACAAACAGGAUCUGCCGGACGCCAUGUCGGGCAAAGAGGUCUCAGAGAAGCUGGGUCUGUUGGAGAUCGAGGGCCGUCCCAUCUUGGUACAGCCCAGCAGUGCGCCCAAAGGUGAGGGGCUCUUCGAAGGAUUAGAUUGGCUGACGAAAGCCAUGACGCGACGUGAAAGAGCUGUUUCUUUGCGCUGGUUUUGA